UCAGCGCUUCCUCUUUAUUCUCGACUGUCUCAUGCAGCGGUGAGAAUCUGAUCAUCUGAUCAUAGUUUAUACAGCAGCAUUACACGUCGCGUUGAGAGAUGUUGGCCCUCUUUAAUCGGCUUCUGGACUGGUUCCGAACGCUCUUCUGGAAGGAGGAGAUGGAGCUGACUCUUGUGGGACUGCAGUACUCUGGGAAAACUACUUUCGUCAACGUAAUUGCUUCUGGCCAGUUUAAUGAAGACAUGAUCCCUACGGUCGGCUUCAACAUGAGGAAAGUGACCAAGGGCAAUGUAACAAUUAAAAUUUGGGAUAUAGGUGGGCAGCCACGCUUCAGAAGCAUGUGGGAGAGAUAUUGUCGGGGUGUCAACGCUAUAGUAUAUAUGGUGGACGCUGCGGACUGUGAAAAAGUGGAAGCCUCAAGAAAUGAGCUACACAACCUGUUAGACAAACCACAGCUGCAAGGCAUUCCUAUACUUGUCCUUGGCAACAAAAGAGACCUUCCCAGCGCGCUGGACGAGAAACAACUCAUCGAAAAGAUGAAUCUUUCAGCCAUCCAAGACAGAGAGAUUUGCUGCUACUCAAUUUCAUGCAAAGAGAAGGACAACAUUGAUAUCACAUUACAGUGGCUCAUCCAACAUUCAAAGUCCCGGAGAAGUUGACAACAGACCCCGUCUCUUCCCGUCAGUCCAGCUCUGCCUCUGUUUAAGUUCUCUAGUCAGCCCAGCAGCCCCUCCCUGACUGUCCCAGUGGACCUGUGUCUGUUCGUCUUUAUGAGCGCUUUUCCACCAUCGCGCCGAAUCGUUCUCGUUGCUUAAUCGUUCCACUCCGUGCAGAUCCAUGCCAGCCGGUACGUAAAUGAUUUCAUUUCGCAGCGCAGGGGUAAUAACGUAAAUGUUUUGAAUGUAUACUGAAACCCCUCACGCGCUGCCUUGGUAACACAAGAAACUGAGCUAUAAUGCCUCUGCACGCAAUUAUUAGCAUAUUAUUAGCGUGCCUUGUUGAACCAGGUUCAUGUGUAAACAUAAAUGUAACCGUUUCAGACCGUGCUUAGAACGGUUUGGCGUGAUGGUGGAAAAGCGCUCUACGUCUGUCUCACACCUUCCCUCUGUUACAGACUCUGUAAAGCAUCAGUGUCACAUCAAUGGGCUUCAGACAUCCCACUAGUACUGUUAUUUUUUAUAGAUCAGCCUGGUUUUGUUUUGUCUAGAUGGACUUUGGACUUUUAUUCACACGCAUGUCUGACCGGAGGUUGAGAAAGUAGGUAGAACUAUCUACAGAUGUCCUUGUUCACACCUGUCUUCUAAAGACCAUCUUUUGACCAAUGCUUUAGAUAGUUUGUGGGUUUUAACCUCUACAAGAUGUUUCGCGCUGCGUUAUUUUUAUUAUGUUUGACUUCUUUUAAGCAAAUAGAAGCGUGUGAAGGAUUAAAAUAUUAGUAUUAUGAAAUAUUAACAAGAAAAUCAAAACACUUAAAAUAUGCACUUGUUUGUUAUCUUACAACUUUGCCUGUACAGUUUCCAAGCUAACAUGUCAAAAUUUAAACUGCUAAACACCUUUGAAUUAAAGAAAAAAUUGCUAAAAAUGUUUCGUUCUAUGUUCAGCACGUGAACUGGUCAUGAAGAAAUUUGGCAUUUACUGAUAUAUACGAAAGUGAAGUGCCUUGUGGAUUUACAUUAUUCAAUCGGUUUCCCCACACCUGCCCAGAAUUAUAGACAUUAUAAGCACAAAUAAUUGGCCUUGCUGUAAAUAAAUGAAUUUACCGUAGAUGCCAUUAUUACAGCAACAGCAGAAACAUUAAACACUGCUAGCAUAACAUGUGUAAUUGAUGACAUCUCAUAAAAACAGAUUUGUUAAUCAUGUAAUUAUGUUUUGACUAUAUCGGGAUUAUAACACUCAGUCCUACUAAGUGAAUCGACAGAGAUGAAUCUGUACUUUUCAGUGGUUAGCACCGCCUAGAUACUGCAUUUCUUACUACUUUAUAAUACACCUGCAAAUUACAUUUACGUAUUUAUCGAUAUUUCGGCCAUAGUAACAGCAAGUGAGCUCUUGCAAAGUGAUUUAGAACAAAUGCAUAGAUGUACGUAUGCUUCAAAGUGUUUUAAAUAAAAGAGUAAUGCGCAUCUUAUGGAGCUUUAUUUUAUAAAAGGGGGUGGAGAGAUCACUUAUUGAGGUGGUGGGAUCAAAAUGGCUCGUUUUGUUCCUGCAUGUUGAUCAGCAUUAUUAGUACAGAAAUAAGACGCUGAGGGGAUGAAGUUUAUCCUGUGUGUUGAUCUAUUGGAUCAGAUGUCAUCUUAUAUUUCUAUCAUGCUGAUUCUUUAAGUUUUGUGUUUAACAUGUGAUUUAUUUCUCAAUGCCUUACUAAAAAUGGGGGACUGUAGCAUUGAAAACAUACAAGAUGGUUCGUAAAUCUGUUUGGUUAGGUCUAUUGCAAACCAUAAUUCACUUUUGUAAUCAGCUCGUGUUUUUUCAUGUUUUGGAUCUGUGAUUAUUAAAUGCUUUGACUGUAAAUGGCCUGCUUGCUCUUUUGAGAAUUUAGUCACAGUAGUUACUAGUUUAGUUAGGUGCCAUCCGCCUUAUCACAGCUUGCUCCCUCACUUUCGAAACACUCUUCUUGGUUAUUUUUAUCUAACGCCAAACCUGAUAACAAAACCUGGACCGGAUUAAUAUAAACAACAAUGCUGUAUUGAUCAUCUAGUAUUGGUUUGAAGCUUUUUAAAAACAUGAUUCUUUAAUUGUAUUAUUGUUUUAAGAUGUAUGCAUGCUAAUGCUGGAAAUCGUUUUUCUUUUUUUUGUAAUUUAUUGCAAUUUUUAGUAAGUGAUUUAUGGUUGCAAUGUUUUUAUACCUUUUAUUUGAUCAUGAUUGAAUGUUAACCUAUCAACGUUUGUUUUCUUUACUUUUAUUUUGAGAGGUCAAAUGACAUGUUACUUAAAAUCCAAGACUCCUGAUGUGCAAAUGAUUAAUGCAGAUAACGUUUUGUGUUUCUUCAUUGAUAGCUGAUGUGGGUGGGUCUUUUUCUGACAUGUUAUUAUUUUUGUGCAGCCUUGACCCUUGUUAUAUUAAUACUAAUACUAACUUUUGUUUAUUUUUGUCUUUAUUCCUGUAAAGCUGCUUUGAAACAAUGAAACAUUGUGAAAAGCGCUAUAUAAAUAAAACUGAGUUGUUUAUUUGACAUAUUAUACAGUAGACUUUUUCCCAUUGAUGUGACUAUCAACAAAUGAAGAUUAAAUUGAUCUGUUUGCUGAUUUUGUAAGUAAGAAAAAAAAAUCAAAAACAAAGAAGCUUUUUUGUUUAGCCGAGGGCACUUAAGUGUGUAUUGCAUUUGGUUUGUUGUGGUUGCUCAAUAAAUGUUUUUUAGAAUUGCU